AUGGCCCCCCUCUCCACCCGCAAGCGCGAUUGCGCAUACCUUCUCUUCUUCGCCUCGCACAUCCCCAUCAUCUUCCUGGUGGACACCGUUCCCCUGCAGCCCGCGUGGCUGCGCACCGAGCUAUCUCAGCAGCUGCGCGAGUACUACAUCGCGACGUACCGCGACAAGUUCUUCGAGGAUCCCGCGCCCGUCUGGUUCAGCGCGUUCAUCUGGAUGGAGCUACUGUACCAUGUGCCAGCCAGUCUGUGGGCGGUGUGGGGGUUACUCCGAGACCACCCACUCGUCCCCGUGCACCUCCUCGUCUUCGGCGUCCAGGCCUUCGUCACCUCGCUAACCUGCCUCGUCGACGUGUGGAGCUGGACCGAUCGCUCAGUCGUCGAGAAGCAGCAGAUCACCUACCUGUACGGGCCGUACGUAGCAUUAGGUGCCCUCAUGGCCCUCGACAUGGCCGUCCGAUUGCGUGCUCGGUUGAUGCCAAAGACCAAGCGCGAGUGA